AGAUGUGUUUGUUUUGUGCAGUGUGACGUCUGCGGCAUGGAUCCCAUCCAGGGAGUGAGGUGGCACUGUCAGGACUGUCCGCAGGACAACUCCGUCGACUUCUGCUCCAACUGCUCCGACUGUUUGUUCAAGACGGAGACCCACAAGCCGAACCACCACCUGGAGCCGGUGCAGCAGCAGGACUCGUUUCUGGACCGGGACUACUGCCUGCCGCAGAGCGCGGGCUACAACUACCUGGACCCAAACUACUUUCCAGCCAACAGAUGACAGGGCCCGCGCCUCUCGCUCCAGAAUCUCUCCACAUAUCCCACAGGCCUCUCUGUGCAUGGCUCCAUCCUCCAAGUGUAAGAACACCGCUCAACCCGCCGCCCGGCAGGAAGGCAGGCGGGGGGGGCCGAGCUGCUGCUGGUGGGGCGGCCAUGUUGGAUCCUCCUCACAAAGGAGGCCCCGCUCCACCUCAGCCAGGUUAUUCAAUGGAUCUGUGAUUUGAAACACUAUUUUUAAAAACACAAAAAAAACAAGAAGGCGCACCGACAUUCCCGAGCUCUGUGACUCCAGGAGGGCUUCCCCCGAUCCCCCCUUCCUCACCCCUCACCCCCUUUCCCUGUGCUGCUCCCAAACUGGAGAUCAGUCUGAUGGAGAUGUGUGGUCACAGCGGACUGUGAAGAUACACAUCGGUGAUUUGUAUGUGUGUAUGUGGUCUCCGUGUUAUGCAAGAGUGAAAAAUGUCCUAGCUAGGUAUCCGUAGAUUGAGUAUUUAUGAGUCGCAGUGAGAGACGUCGCUGCGAGAGAAGUGACGCAGAGGCGGGUUUGUUUUUGGCCGCAGACUGUAGGAAGUUCUGCCGAUACACACCACGCCCUGCACACACACACACACACACACACACACACACACACACACACACACACACACACACACACACACACACACACACACACACACACACACACACACGUACGUAUGUGUUAAACAGACUGGAGCCAUCCCUACCACUGUCACACACACAAAGCUGCUCUCACCCUUCAAACACACUCACACACUUUCAUCUCGAUUUCCUUUCCCUUUGCUCUCUCUCCACUAAAACAUGUCUAACAGGAAGCACUACAGCACGGAGAGCCAACGUUUCCGAAGGCAGACGGACGGAACGUUUCUGUUUAUUUUAUUAUUUUCCUCCUUCCGCAAUGUGUGCCGUUGUUGAUCAUGUUGAGUGUAAAAGUAUAUGGUGAAAAGUAGCCAGCGCUAGUUGCUGUGUGCCAUUUUUAAACAUUAUCUUUUUUGUUUUUCGGGAGGAAACUCCACCUCUGAACCACAGCUCCUCCCUUCCUGCGUGGCACCGUCGUCCUCCAUUAUCGAUCCAGUCAUCAUGCCUCUAGAUCUUCUUUCAUUUUUGCAGUCCACUUUAAAAAGGUCCAUUUAAAAGAUUGUAUUUUUAUUAAUCUAUUUAAAAAAGAAUUGGGGUAGUGGUUGGAGCCUCCACAGUGGAACAACCCACACAGUUUUAUACGCAUAGAUUUUGUUGUGCUUGAGUAGACACCAUUUGGUAUGGUUUUCGUCUCCUUUCCCUCACCUCCCCCUCUGCCCCGCUUCAAUAUCUGUGUAUAACAGUCUGUUCUUAUGUAAAAAAAAUAAUAAUGUAAAAAAAAAAAAUGCUAGGAGAACCGUGGAAAUAAAAGUAUGUGAAAAUAGUGU